AUGGGCGUACCCGGCGAGGCUUGGGCGUUGGCUCUGAGUGAGGAUGGCAGCUACCUGGCCGCCACGACCAACGACGGUAGGAUCAAUGUGUGGGACACCACAAAAGAGGGCAAGCCAAAGAUUCAAGACUACGAAACGGGAAGCCCUGGUUCAGGCAGCUUUGGUAUGAGCGUCGAUUUGAGCAUGGAUGGAAAGUUCACGGCAAGUGGGCAUCAAAAUGGAGCGAUCUACAUCUUCAACAACGACACAGGGCGCAUAGCGUUCUCACUCUCGGGCCUCGCGAAACCCGUCCGCGCAGUCGCUUUCUCGCCUGGCAGCACCAGGCUGGCCGCCGCAGGCGAUGCCGGCAUCAUCGCCAUUUACGACAUGAAGCACGGCGAGCACGUUAGUAAUCUGACAGGUCAUGCGUCCUGGAUCACCACUCUGGACUGGAGCGACAGUGGGGAGUAUCUUCUCAGCGGCGCGAUGGAUGGCAAGGCAAAGGUGUGGUCCGUGGAGCGCAGCACUUGCGUUGCAACACACAGCGAGACAGAUAAGGCGUUGUGGGCUGCGAGGUGGUUGCCCAAGACCGGAAGAAGCGAGAUGUUCUGCACGGCUGGUGCGAACCGCAGUAUCUCCUUCUAUCGCGAGGCUACAGGUGGUUAG